UUACCCUAAUUAAUCCUAAUCCCACCACCUUGUAUGUAGGAGACCAUUUGGAUUGGAGAACGCAAAAGCCUCUCCUUUCUCUUAUGGGAUUCUCACUCUGAAACUCAUUUUUCUUCAUCCCUUCUCAAAGAAAGGGUUUUGCAGGAAAUUAAGCUGGUGAAAUUCCCGGCGACUAUAUAUUUUUUCGCCGUUAAAUCUUGGCCGGAAUUUCACUGCUUGAUAAUUAUAAGAGAGAAAGAGAGAGAUGAGUGAAACAUUUGAUAAUACUAAUUAUGAGGGUGCUCAAUUUCUCCGCGACGGCUCUCUAAUAUCUUCAACCGACGCUCCGCCGCCAGAUUCGUCGGCUUCGUCGUCACCGUCGCCGCCGUCUCCCGAUGCCAAUUCUGAUUACUCGCCACCGCCACCACCUACAAAUGAUGACUCCUCCUCCUCCUCCUCCUCCUCCUCACCGGCCCCAUCGUCAGAUUCUGGUUCCCAACCACCAAAAUCAUCAUCGGAUGGUGGCUCAUCAGAUGGUGGCUCUUCAAAUGGCGGUUCUUCAGAUCGUGGCUCUUCAAAUAACGACUCUUCAAAUCGCGGCUCUUCAAAUGGUGGCUCUUCAGACGGCGGCUCUAAUAGAUCUUCUGGCAACGACUCAAAUGGUAGCUCUUCAGACGGUGGCUCUGAUAGAUCUUCCGGCAAUGGCAAGAACGAUUCCCCCUCAAGUUCAAAAGAUGGUAGCUCGAGAUCGUCACCAUUUGUUCCCGAUCAAUCUUCUCCGUCCCGUUCUUCACCUCAGUCGGGAGCCUUGUCACCUCCCAUAGAAGGAAAAUCAUCUUCAAGAUCAUCGGGAGACAAACAUGGAACCUCAGAACCAUCGUUGGACGUCAAUCCCGGAAUUAUAAUUGGGGUGGCGGUCGGGGUGGGAGUAUUCAUAAUUCUUCUAAUAGCAAUAGUUGCAGUGUGUUCCAAGAAGAAGAAGAGGAAGGGAGAUCCCAUGCAAUAUUAUGAUCAUGGUCAUGGACCUAAAGGUGGUGACUAUUACAACAGUUCACAGCAACCUACAAACUGGCAAAACGGCAUGCACGGUCCUGGCACGGACCAAUUCGGCAGGCCGCCGCCGUCGGGCUCAGCAGGCAGCGGCUGGCCUUCACCGCCCCCGAUGAGCGGCGACAUGACGAUGAGCGGCAACUACACCGGCGGCCCUCCUCUUCCUCCACCGUCGCCCUCGAUCGCAUUUGCAUUCAGCAAGAGCACGUUCACAUACGACGAGCUUGCAGCUGCCACGGGCGGGUUCGCGCAUGGGAACCUGCUCGGGCAGGGCGGGUUCGGGUACGUGCACAAGGGGGUGCUGCCGAACGGGAAGGAGGUGGCGGUGAAGAGCCUGAAGGUGGGCAGUGGGCAGGGGGAGAGAGAGUUCAUGGCGGAGGUUGAGAUUAUUAGCAGAGUUCACCACCGGCAUUUGGUGUCGCUGGUUGGCUUUUGCAUUGCCGGUGGACAGAGAAUGUUGGUCUACGAGUUUGUUCCUAACAACACCUUGGAGCAUCAUCUUCAUGGCAAAGGUCUUCCAGUGAUGGAUUGGCCAGCCAGACUUCGCAUUGGUAUAGGUUCUGCAAAGGGUCUUGCUUACCUUCACGAAGACUGUCAUCCAAAGAUCAUUCAUCGAGAUAUUAAGUCAGCAAACAUUUUGAUUGACGCAAACUUUGAAGCCAUGGUGGCUGAUUUUGGAUUGGCUAAAUUGUCUUCUGAUAAUCACACCCAUGUGUCCACUAGAGUCAUGGGUACAUUUGGGUAUUUGGCGCCUGAAUAUGCAUCAAGCGGGAAGUUGACAGAGAAAUCUGAUGUGUUUUCAUUUGGGGUAAUGCUAUUGGAACUCAUCACCGGAAAACGACCUGUCGAUCCCACUCAUGCCAUGGAGGAUAGCUUAGUUGACUGGGCUCGACCACUAAUGAAUCGGGCAUUGGGAGAAGGCAUCUACGAUGAUUUAGUAGAUAUGCGGUUAGAAAAUGAGUUCAACACUCAGGAAAUGGCUCGUAUGGUAGCUUGUGCGGCCGCUGCCAUUCGUCAUUCUGCCAGAAAACGCCCCAAAAUGAGCCAGAUUGUGCGAGCACUAGAAGGAGAUGUGUCGUUGGAUGAUCUAAACGAGGGGAUAAGACCAGGACAGAGCUCCAUUUACAGUGGAACCAGUUCCGAGUAUGACUCCAGUGCUUACCAGGCCGACAUGUCGAGAUUCAGGAAGUUAGCUUUGUCGAACCCAGACGAUAGCGGCGAACUCGCGACUUCUAGUAACGAUUCUAGGGAGAUGAACCAUCCUGGGAACCAAAGGCAGCAACAACAAUUCUUUUGAGCCAAAUUUACUUUCCUCCACAAAGACACCUCUGCCCCCCUCCCCCCAGUUUAUUUUUCCUUGAGAAAAAGAAAAAAAAAUUAUAUGAUUGAGUUGAGAUUUUAUUUUGUUUUUUUUUAUAAAAGAAAAAAAGAAAAAAAAGGAAGAAGAGAGAAGAAAAAAAAAGUGUUUGGGAUUGUUUGAAUUUCUGAGCUUCAUUGUGUUGUUGAUUAAAAUGUGAUCGAUCAUGUGGUCAUAAUCAUGGCCUUAACCAAAAUAACUUUGGUUUUUUAUUAAAAUUUAUUUAUUUUAUUUAGGUUGGUUGAUGAUAUUUGUAAA